GGCGCGCGACACUGCGCGGCAGGGGGACUGCUGGGAGCUUAAUGGACAUGCCGACCCGCACAAGAGUUGUCUACGUGCUGGCCGCUUGCUGCCUUGUCGGUCUCUACUGCAGCCCCGUAGCAAUCUCCUUGCUGUUACGGAGCCUCCCGGAGGACAUCGGGAAUGAGAGACCCAUCCUUGGGAUUUUGGCACAGGAGACUGACAAAAGCUUUCAAAAACAUGGAAGUUCUUAUAUUGCUGCUUCGUACGUAAAAUUUAUUGAAUCUGCUGGAGCUCGCGUAGUACCAAUAAGACUAAAUCGUUCAGAUGAAGAAUAUAAUAAGAUUUUCCACUCUAUUAAUGGGAUACUUUAUCCUGGAGGUGGUGCUGACCUUAAGACGUCUGAAUUUUCCAGGGUUGCGAAGAUAUUCUACGAUAAAGCACUAGAGGCUAAUGAGAAAGGAGACUAUUUUCCCAUAUGGGGAACAUGCCUGGGACACCAACUGCUCAGCUAUCUCACUAGCGGAGAGGACCUGCUUACUUGGACUAAUACCGAUAAUUUUGCACUUCCACUGAAUUUUACGAAAGUUGCCAAAGACAGCAAGAUGUUUGCCAAUUUCCCUGAUGACUUGCUGCAGGAGAUGGCUUCUGAGCCUGUGACUUCAAACUUCCAUUUCUGGAGCCUCUCUGUGCAGAAUUUUUCAACCAAUGAGAUAUUGCGCCAUUUCUAUAAGAUCUUGACAACUAAUGUCCAUGACAAUGUAUUGUUUAUAUCCACCAUGGAAGCUUAUUCAUACCCAUUGUAUGGUGUCCAGUGGCAUCCAGAGAAAAAUCCAUUUGAAUGGAGGAAUGGAACAGGCAUACCACAUUCUCGAGCAGCUGUGAAAGUAACGUAUUACAUCGCUGACUUCUUAGUUAAUGAAGCCCGGAAGAGCAACCAUCGCUUUCCCAGCAAAAAAGAAGAGACAGAGGCACUGAUUUACAAUUUUAACCCUGUUUUCACUGGGACAUUUUCUUCAUUUGAGCAGGCUUAUUUUUUUGACUAAGUCCUCAGAGGUCCUCUGGCAGAGAUCAUUUUGAAAUUCUUCGGCAUCGGUAUGUUUUGGAAAAUGAAUGCAAAGCAUUGCAAAUAGCAAGAAUGCAGGUGACUUAUCAUUCCUUCUAAAAUUAUUUUUCUCACGUUCUCUGUAGAAUUACACUUCUUGUUUUCAGUUUCUAGGAAGGAUCUCUGUUGAAAGCCCCAGUGAAAUAACUGGGAAGCUGUGCAAGUACAUCGUGAUCAAUGAGACAUGUGUAGGAGAAUUUCCCUGGGGACCGUACCCCAAAUCCUUAUUCACAAACAGAGAACAACACGUGGUAGAGUCUGUUCUUGCACAAAUCCCAUGGAUCAGAAUGAGACACAAGCAGCACUUGGGUGGUUUGUGCUCAUAGCCUAUAAUCUGCAAACCACACAGUUCCUGUACGCAUUGCGGAAGUUUCCACCCUCCAAAGGGGGAAAGAUCAGAGGAAUCCAUCUAAUGGCCCUGUGUACAGGAAUAGGCCCUUCUUCUGCCAUGUGCUGGUGGUAAACGACAGAGCUGACCUUUGUCCUGGUUUAGUUCAUGGUAUACAGUUUGGUUUGUUCAUUUUCAGCAUCUCUCUGUAAUUGCACUGUUAGCUCCCCC